AUGGAGGAACUUCCUAUCCAACCUACUGGUCUCUUCUGGCAAGACGACUUCAUUACUGCCGAGCAUGAAGAGAGGCUAAUCCACAUUUUCCGGCACGACCUCACGUGGCCGGAUCGUUCCGGCCGGCUGUCGCUGCACUACGGCUACACCUUCGAUUACAAGACGUUCGGGGUAGACCCGAAUAUUCCAUUCACGCCGUUUCCGGAUUGGUUGAUACCUCUAAUCCCUACGAGGGAGCACAGGCCGCCAGACCAGGUCUGCCUCCAGCACUACCCUCCUGGGGCUGGCAUACCGCCACACGUCGACACACAUUCGGCGUAUGACCAGUUGUAUGCGCUAUCUCUAGGCUCACCAGUCAUGAUGCAGUUCGUGCGACCUGCGAUGGGCGAGGGCGAGGAUGGAGAUAUGGUGGAAGUUGACCUUACGCCGAAGAGUAUGCUGCAAAUGUCGGGUGACGCGAGACUCCACUGGAAGCACGGUAUUAGGAAGCGCAAGACAGAUACCUUACCAGACGGCACGGUCCGUAAGAGAGGUGAUCGGUGGAGUAUCACGUAUCGAUGGGUCAGGGAGCCGGCGGUUUGCGAAUGUGGGGACGCGAAGUUGUGCGACACGGCGCAAAGGAGACUAGGGAUCGAGAAGGAAUACCGGUGGAAGAAGGGGGACGGUGAAAAUACGACAAAAGGAGCAGAUCUGAAGGCCGAGGAGACGACGACAUGA